AUGUCCAUCGUGACAGUACAACUUGGACAAUGUGGCAACCAGGUAGGCCAAGACAAGAGUUGUGAGAGGUGAUCAGCAAUGAUGCAAAUGAUACGCAAAGAAACGUUUACAGUGAAUACAGCAGGGAGCGGUUCUUCAAUGAGACUGCCAAUAGAGGUAGGUUAGCUAUUCCUAAUGAUAAUAAGCUGGUGCUCCUCUUCUAA